GCGGGCCGCCGCGGUGCUGCUGCGCCUGGCCGCCGUGGCGGCCUGCGCCCGGGGGCGCGCCGUGAGCGGCGAGGCGGGCGGGCGCGCCGCGGAGGAGGCCUGGGGCAAGGAGCUCGACCAGUCCUCGCAGAGCCCCGUGCAGCGAGUCGUGAAGCUGCUCAAGGACAUGAAGGCCCAGCUGGAGGAGGAGGCCAGCAAGGAAUCGGAGAUGUACGACAAGAUGGUGUGCUGGUGCGAGACCGGCGAGAAGGAGAAGACGGCCGCCAUCGCCGCCGCCGAGGUGAAGAUCUCGGACCUGGAGGCAUCCAUCCAGUCGAUGUCCGCGAAGUUCGGGGAGGUGAGCACCAACAUCGCGGCGCUGAAGGACCAGAUCGCGAAGGACACGGAGAUGCUCAAGGAGGCCACCGCCAUCCGUGAGUCGGAGGCCUCCAAGUUCAGGGACGAGGAGAAGGACAUGGUGCAGGCGCUGACGAACCUGAACAACGCCAUCGCGGUGCUGGGGCGGCACCAGGGCGGCGCCGCGAGCCUCCUGCAGGUCGACGGCCCGGACGCCGCGAGCAUCCGCGCGGUGCUCCGCGAGGUGUCGCUGACCUACGACCUGAUGCUCGGCGACCGCGCGGCGCGCAAGCGCCCCGGCGCCUCCUCGGUGUCGCUGCUGUCGGUCGCGGACGCGAGCCCUGCGGCGGCUCUCCGCGAGGCGCUGGGGCUCCGCGGCGACGAGGCCCUCCCGACCAAGUUCGCCGAGAAGCAGCUCGCCGCCCGCGCCAGGGAGCUCGGCGCCGACGCCAAGACCGGCGUGUUCCUGCAGUCCUCCGCGGGGCGGCUGCUCCCCACCGCCGGCUCCUACUCGCCGCAGUCAGACACCAUCUUCGGCAUCCUCACGCAGAUGAAGGAUGAGUUCGAGGC